AUGAGCGCAUACAAUGCAUUUAAAGCAAAUGUUCCAGUUGCGUGGAGUCGUAAUGUGUACAUAACACUGGUGAGGGGAAUUCCAGGCACGAGGAAGCUCCAUCGCCGCACCUUAGAGGCCUUGCGUCUCACCAAAUGCAACCGCACCCUUAUGCGCUGGAAUACCCCCACAGUCCGUGGAAUGAUCCAACAGGUGAAAAGGUUGGUUGUGGUGGAGACUGAGGAAAUGUACAACGCGCGGAAGCAAAAAGACGCAAAUCACCAAGCUCUGCGCCCGCCCUUGGUCGUAAAUCAUCAGCCUCCUCAACUAUUGAUCCUUCUGCAUAAUUUCUGA